AGACACACCCUCAGUUUUGCGGGACAAGAGGUUCAACCGGGCCAGUUGAUGGGAUGCAGAGAGGAGAGAGACGCUGUGGGUCAUGUUUGGAUCCUGAAUGAGUUUUUGGGCUGCAGCAGAAUUGGUAAUCAUGGGAGUGAGGCCAGAUUUUAGCAACACUAAGGUCAUGAGUUCAAGACUCCCCCCAAUGCAACCCUACCCCGGUCAGAAAAUUUUGACCAGAGACCAAAAAAGAUGGUUUUCCAGUUGAGUCUCCUGCCAAUUUUCACAUUGAUGGUGAAGACGGGACUUGUGGUUGGAUGUGAUUGUCCAGCAGCCAACGUUUUGUCCCAGUUUCCCUCUGAGGUUCCUGCUGGCAUCUGUUGCCUGAACUACUCUGGCUCUGCUGUCAGCCAUGUGCACUGGUCUCUAUUUACCAAUGAGACAAACAUAGAGACACUGGAUCUCUCGAACUGUAAUAUAAGCUCUGUUCAUAUGAGUGGCAAACAGGCCUCGACACUGCAGAAGGUUUACUUGGGUCAUAAUAGACUAACAACGUUGCCAAGGGAGUUUCUGGCCGGCCAGCCCAGCCUGAUGGAGGUGGAUCUGAGCGGGAACCUGCUUCAGGAACUUCCUGAGGGAUUCCUCCAGGAUUCUGACAGCCUCCAGAGGCUGUACCUCCAGGGAAACCAGCUACGCCUUCUCCCCGGCUCUGUGCUGCAGAAGCCCAGUCUGCAAAGGCUGGAGUUGGACGGGAACCCCUGGGACUGCUCCUGUUUGUUACUGGAAGCCCUGGAGGAAGGCAAGAAGGCUAACAGGACCACGAGGCUGCAGGAUCUGGUGGGGAACUUCACCUGCUUCUCUCCCAGGCACUUGGCCGGCAGGACUGUGUGGUCGGUGAGGCUCAGCGACGCGUGCCGCCCCGCCGGCCUCACCGCACUCUUCAUCGUGCUCCCCCUCCUCAUCCUCGCCGCUUUGGUGCUCUGCUGGUGCUGCGGGAGGAAGAGGAAGAAGAAAGAAGCACCUGUGUUCAGCCCCUCAAAGAAGAGGGCCUCCAACUCCAGCUGCAACGGGCAGAAACAUCGCAGCAAGCAACCACCUGCGGCCACUGAGCAGAAUAAAGCUGGAAACGGCGGCAAUGAGGGGAUCCUGAAGAACCAGUUGCUGCAUCGCCCAGCAUCCACCCUCCUGGGCAGCACCAGAGACAUCUAUGAAGACGUGGAGAUCAAGCUGGGCUCAGUGGAGUCUCUUCCCUCACGCUGCUCCAGCUCCACCACGGAGGGGAGGCAGGGCUCCCAGGAGCCCGACGGGGCCAGCAAGACAGAGCUGGACGCAGUCAGUGUGACAGAGGUGAUGAAAGACUCAGCCCACAGGGAGAAGGCCUACCUGACCCAGUCCACUGAGUACUACAGCCUGGUUCCAGGUAUCGAGCUGGAGGACUCGGACCACGGAGAGUAUGAGAAUGUCGACCUCUCAUGACACCAUCUUAAAGGAGUAGUUCAACAUUUUGGGAAGUACGUUUAUUUGCUUUCUUGCUGAGAGUUAGACGCAGAAGAUGAGCACCACUGACGUGUUUGUGUGCUAAAAGCCCUUGAAACCUGUCACUAUGAGUGAUGAGGUCUUACAUGAACAGAAAUGUUUUAGUUAUUUCACGUGUAUUUCUUUCUUAGCGUUUUUGUCUGUAUUUCUCAUUGGUUUAAAAUGGUGGGGUCGAACCACGCCAACACAGCUGUUGGUUGACUGAAUAACCGUUUUUUUUUUUUUUUGUUUUAAUGUAAUAGAGAUACUUAAAUUUUGAAACCAAGUUUUCAGGGCCUAGCUUAGCAUAAUGACUUGAAUCUGGGGGAAACAAAUGACACGCUCUAUCUCUUGUCUUUAAUUCACACACUAACAAAAAUGUUAAAAUGACAAUUUUAUUGAGUUACAUCGAGAAAUACAUCACUCCCUCUGUUUGUGUAUGGAUUAAACAAAUCGGAUACAGUAACUCUGCUGAGUUCACCAAAUUAAAUCUAAGACUUUUUUUAAUACCACAUAGAAUGUGAUUUAAUACCUUUUUCAUGGUCAUAUAGGUCAAAUAAGGACAGAAAACCAGUAGGGACAACAAGGCCUACAAAUAUUUAAUAUGAAAAUAAAUUUGAAUACAUUUUUGUCCGUACUUACCAACUGUAUGUAGCAAUAAUUCCCAAUACCGCUAAUCAAGUGGCUUGACCUGGACCCAGCUCCCAACGGCCCGUAAUCAGAUACAAAAUCAUCUUAAAACCAAGAUUACUUUGUAUAGCAGGCAAGAAAAAAAAAUAUUGAAGACCUUCAUGAAUAAAAUUUAAGACUUUGGAAUAACUUCCAAGAGAACCAGGCUUUUAAAGACCUUUCAAGACCUGCAGAUACCCUGUUUAAUAAAGAGUUUAAAAAAAGGGGGGUGGCUCAGUGAUCUACAGUAGCUAGUUUGCCAGCUGUCAAUAAGCAAACUCACUUGCUUGGUCAGUAGCAAAAAACAUAUUUGUACCAUCGAAUCCUGUCUCAUAACUGUCUACAAACCAUGUCUUAUUUCUGAAGCAGUUUGUAGAACAGCAGAGGUGAAAUGGUGUAUGGUGCAAGGGCUAAUCAGCCACGAAAGCUUCCUCUAUUUUGGACCCUCCGGCUCUCCGUGCCCUCGGAGGUCACGGGGCACUGUGAGAACUCCUUGCUGAUGGCAAACGUUGCUGAAUUGUGCCGCAUGCUGGUUUGACUGGGCAUUUUGAGGUGUUGCCAGGCUGAUUUUUAACACCGGGGAGAGCCAGGCUAGCCGUUUCCCCCCUGCUUCCGGUCUUUACGCUAAGCUAAGCUAGCCUUCUCCAGCCUCAAGCUUAACGCACAGACGUGAAAGUCGUACCCGUCUUCUCAUCUAAUUCUCAACAAGAAAGUGAAGAGGUGUAUUUCCCAAAAUGUCAAAUUAUUCCUUUAAAUGCACUAAAGAGAGACUUUGCGUGUUUGUGUGUUUCAGAAAAAGCCAGUUAUCUAUCGCCGCAGAGACAGUGUGGUCCAACCACUGUUGUAUCACAAUGUAAGGGGAAGUGAUUUAAUCCAGAGCUUUUUCCUGUGGGACCUGAGGAACGCUGUGACCGUUUGAAAGGGAGGCCCCACUUUUUUCUCUCUGGAACAAAAAAAAAAAAAAAGAGAGCAAUUUGCCAACUGUCAUUUAUUCUAUUUAAUUCUGAACUCCAUGAAAACACACACUUCAUGUUGUUUUCACGUCUACAAAGAACGGGAUAUAUUAUUAUUAUUAUUAAUAUUAUUAUUAUUAUUAAUUAUAUAAUUAUUAUUAUAUAUUCUGUCCUUACUUAUUUGAAGUCAAGCAAGCUUUUGUACAGAUGUACUUUCCAUUACCUCACCCAAGUGGGACUUUUACAUGCGUUCCAUUUUGACUUGUUACUCACUACAUUGCAUACAGGAUGUUCUGGAUCGAACUCCUUCACCUUAAGCUGCACAACCAGAAAUACACUGCAGGCUCUGAACAAUUAAUA